UCUCAUAUGUGGAUGUGGGAAAAAGGGCCAGCAACAAUGUGACAGGCAACACAAGCCCCGCCGCUACGACCAGUGGAUAUCUGCCCGGCACACGGAGCGCGGAGGCGGCGAGCCCCCGGACGGAGCCGCACGCUCGGCGCGCAACAAGGCCAACGGGACCGAAAUGGACCGGCGGGCAGCAGCAGCAGCGGCACCAGCAUCCCCAUCCACCGAGGACCGACACGGGUUCUAGGUUCCUCCACAGUGAGGAGUUCAUCCACAGCACAGGCCUGCACGCUGCUCUACAACUUGAGGAGAAGAUGCUUCAUUGUUCCCUCGACCCUCUUGUUAUUGUCGAACAGCCUCGUGCACAUGGUGUGGCUUGAAAACAGGACCCCCCCCCCAGGCUCAUUUACAAUCCAGGGUCCUGUUGUAUCCUGGCGGGACACAUGAGCAUGAAGAAAUAGAAGCAUCAUUUGAGGCCCUCCAGCUGACUUCCGGGCUAAGUCCUGGCUGUGAGGCUUUGUUGGUGGUGGGCCAGCUGAACAGGUGUCUAUGUGAGUGAGAGGUAAUGAAGUCCAGUAUGAGGCAGUGGCGUAGGCUGGUGCUGGUGGGAAUGCUGGCCUGGGUUCUCCUCUUCCUCGCCCUCCUCUCUUACUUCCUGGAUGCUCGCGUGGACGCGCCCCUGACCUCUGCUGGCUCUUUACUCUCCCAGCACCCCGACACACGUCGCCUGGCCUCCAUACAGGCCUCCCAUCAACAGCAUGCCAUCAUGGGCUCCCGACCUGAACUGGCUUUGGCGUUAACUACAACCUACCCUGGAGACGAGCCGGAGCCGGAGCCCUCCGCCAGCUCCGUGACCCCAGAGUCCAGCCUGGAGGUGAGCCACAGCCCCAACAGUGCUCCCUAUGCCAUCUAUGGUAGCCAGGAAGCCAGCCGCCAGGACUACCUGGACCCCCAGAGCCUGGCUGCCUGGUCCUCCUUUGGUACAGAGAAUGUGGGUUCUCACUCAGACCCCGCAGUCCAAAGUCGUGAGAGAACAUCUCAGACCAAAGAGUAUCAGAAGCGUGUGAGCACCACAAACCGUCACGGUGGGGGGGAGGAGGAGGAGGAGGAGGAGGAAGAUGCUAGUGAAAAUGAGGAUGAAGAGCUGGGAAACAAAAUGAGGGUGACAGCACACAGGAGGGCCGGUGGGGUCUCCUCUGAUUUGGAGGAAUACUACUUCUCCAAGUCUGCCUCUGUGGUGCACCGGCUGUGGCGGGGCCAUGUGUCCGCCGACAUGCUGAGUCCUCGGCUGCAACGCGCCAUGAAAGACUAUGUGAGUGCCAACAAACACCAUGUUUCCUACAAAGGGCGUCGCAGGGCUGCCCAGCGUGCCAAGGAGCUGCUCUGUCAAAUGAAAGCCCAGGCCCGACUGAGGACGGUGGACGGGUCGGAGCAGCCCUUCUCCUCGCUCGGCUGGGCCCGUCUCGUGCCGUCCCUUCCGCUGGAACAACUUCACAGGCAGCAGGAGAGGAGCAGCUUCAAGAGCUGUGCGGUGGUCACCUCGGCUGGUGCCAUCCUGCGCUCAGGACUGGGCAAAGAGAUCGACACUCACGAUGCAGUUUUACGGUUCAACGCUGCUCCUACGGAGGGAUACGAGAGGGACGUGGGGAACAAAACCACUGUACGCAUCAUCAACUCGCAGAUUUUGGCCAAUCCUAGGCAUCGAUUCAACACAAGCUCUAUCUACAAGAAUGUGACCCUGGUGGCCUGGGACCCUGCACCGUACACUGUCAAUUUACACAAGUGGUACGCCAGUCCAGACUACAACCUGUUCGGCCCAUAUGUGGAGCGCCGCAACCUCCACCCUGGCCAGGCUUUCUACAUCCUUCACCCCAGCUACGUGUGGCAACUCUGGGAUGUGAUUCAGGGCAACACUCAGGAGAACAUCCAGCCCAAUCCUCCCUCAUCUGGCUUCAUAGGCAUCCUCCUGAUGAUGUCGCUCUGCGAGCAGGUGCAUGUGUACGAGUACAUUCCCUCCAUGAGACAGACGGACCUGUGCCACUACCACGAGCGUUAUUAUGACGCGGCCUGUACACUGGGUGCCUACCAUCCCCUCCUAUAUGAGAAGAACCUGAUCCAGCGGAUCAACACGGGCCCCGAGAGUGACCUGCGCAGGAAGGGACGGGUCACUCUCCCAGGCUUCAGCACCGUCAACUGUGACAUCUGAAAUAUGAGACCUGACCCUCUUCUCAUACAAACAAAAACACACACUGGCCUUUUUCUGGCUGACUAAGGGAGAGGUGCAAUAAAGCCACUGGAGACAAGGAGGCUGAAAUGUACAAGACUCAAAUUAGACCCAUGAAGAACAUAAGCCAUAGCCCUCCAGGGAAGGAUCAAUGCGGAGGCUUCUGAAAGAACGUGUCUUCAUCAAGAUGGUUUACUAGACCAGAGAUUUCCAGGAAGAGUUGUCCAAGAUGUGGAUAUGAAAAAUAUGUUUCUCUCUGCUUUAGCUGAGCCACGUUAGCUUUUGAGCUGACUGGGGGUAGCGUCAGAUCAGUGUUUUUAGAUAGACAAGUGAAUUUUCAAUAACUGGGUGUGUUUCAAUGGUGUAAAAUGUGUGUUUUUCAAUAGUAUGGGUGGUUCCCCACUUAAAGGAAAUGCCACUGUUAAUAAUGGCGGAUGUUUGUGUUCCUUUCUUAGGGGUCCAAAGGGUUGUGAAAAAGCAAGGAAGUCGUCCGUGCUGAAUGUCACAAAUGCAACAUGAUUUUACACACGCACACACACACACACACCAUUAUAUAAGCAGAUAUAGCGUCUCCAAAGAGACAGUCACGCCGUCACAUCAUAAUCUCUGUAGCAGGUCUUCCUGUUUGACAUUCCUCUGAUAUCAUCUAAUGAAUACUAAAUUACUGUCCUGUGCAUGCUGACUCACAAUCACUUCUCGUUCACGUUUUGGACAAUUAUCCGUUCAGUGACAAAAAGCCAGUUAAAAGUUUUUGGUUUUUCUUCCUUUUUCUGAAGAUGUAAUUGGAUCAGAGUUAAUGGGGACAAAAUGGAUAAAAACAGAACAAACAGGUGCUCAGAACAGCAGCAACCCUCUGCCUGGUGGUCGUCGGAACACUUUCCUCGGGUUUGCCUUGCGGCUGUUCGUACACAUGCAGUAGCCUACAUACUGUGGCAGUACAGUAGUACAGUGCAGCUUGGUUGCCAUGAGCCAUGCGGAGCAAUUGAUAUUGCUGAAUUUAUCUUUGUCAGGGGAUUCUCGUCUCUGCCUCAGCAAUCGCCAGCCCCCAAGUUUUUUCAUUGUCAGUUCAGUCUUUAUUGAAUGUAAUUUUAACCACUGUGUGGCCAAACCCUUCCUGGAGCUCACUGCUGCAGCGUGGUCUCUGUGUGCAGCUCGUCGCAGGGAUAUGUCUCUGUCACGUAACAGCACAAAGCUCAUUUCCUACAACUAUUAAUGUCUCAUAUUUUCUCAAUCCUCUAAUAUUGGUCUGUACCUGUCCACAGCUCAGAGUGGAGAUGAUUAUAAAAGAGGAAUUUGAACCGGUAAUAUCGCCAGAUUUGCUUCGUCUCCGUCUAGGAUGAAUUUUUUUCUUCUUUUUUCCUUUUUUUUACGUUAAAAUUGAGGCAGUGCCACAUCUGCGACGAGCUCUAGAGCCAUUUAGUUCAGUGUGGAAAAGAUGGUUGGUGGUGUUUUUUGCUGCGGGUACGCAGCCAGUCAGUCAAAAAAAUCUUGCCUAUAACAGAGAUUUUUACUGCUAGGUGUGCUAUUUUACAAAAUGUGCUCGUGCCAUUGGUUGUGGUUUGGUAUAAGAUGUGAAACUUGUCACAGAAAUGUUGCAUUAAAUAGUCUUAUGAAUCUUGAUGAAGAUGCCUCUGUAGUUGUAGCGUGUAGAUGAUUCUGGGGGUUAGUAUCAUCCAAAAACUGUCUGUAUUAUUAAAAAACGCACUCUGCUGAUACUAAGAGAAACUCGACAAACUGUUUUUACAAGUAAGGCCAUAUCUGCUCAAAGGAAAAGAAACAUUUGACCAAGUAUUUGCAACCAAUUUUCAAUACAUAGGGGUGAUAUACAGUAGGUCAAAUCUUCCAUUAUGUUAUAUGAUAUCCAAACACUUAUAUACUGUAUAUUGUGAUUUUAUUUUGUAUUUUUUUUAACCCCAGACACUGUGUAGAAGAAAUAACCAGACAUUAAUGACUAAUUCAGUGAAUUUCAUAUGUGGCAAAAGUACUUCAUCACAUUGAUGCAAACUUCAUCAAUCAAUAUUGCCAAGAAAACUGAUUUGCAGGAUCUUCCACAAUAAUCUUGAAAUAUUGAAGAUGUAGCUGUCUCAGUAGAAAUAUUGUAUUUUAACAGUUGUCAUGCAGUAUAUACUGUAUAUAUGUGAAGGCCUAUAUUAGUAUAUUACGUGUAUGGUUAUAUCACCCUGGCCAACUUGACAGAUUCUUUGGACACAUUUUGUUCAGAGUGCAAUAAGUACCAAGGUUUGAUACCCAGCCCCAGUUUCAAGUUGAUUAUAUAGGCAUGUUGUUAGAAGAAGAAAAGAAGAACACAGUCAAGUGUUGGAGGAUGGUUACGUAGGUUUAAAGAGCAGACUGGAGAAACAUGCAGGUUCUCGGCUCUGCUGUAGGUUUUGAGAUAAAUGAUCCAAUGUUUUAGUGCUUGUAAUUUUAACACACUGAAGGUGCAUAAACCAUGAAUCAUAUUGUACAUGUAUAUUUCUAACAACUUUGAUCACUUUACAAUGCACAGAGCAUGCAAGUCAAGAUCAGGGCUAAGAGUCUUAAACUGUCUGUGCUGUACUGUGCUGCAAGUAGGCACCAUUGUCAUUAAUGUUGUGAGAGGCGAUUGUACAAUAAGACCUUUUUUUUUUUUCUUUCUCGUGGUGUUUUACAGAUUUCAGUGCAUGCUUGUGGAUAGGGGAAUCACAUCCUGCUGCAGUGCAGUUAUAAGUAGUUCCUUGGAGGCACUUGUGUAAGUGCGAUGCCUUGUGGCAACUUCAUCUUUGCAUCUGAAUAUGGUGCCAAAUUCCUUUUUUAAUUAUGUCUCAGCUGGGAAAGUCAAACUCACAAUGAGGAAUUGGAGCAGUAGCAGGACCUCUAAGGUGCUAUUGCUUCUCUCUCGGGGAAGCUUAAGAUGGCAUAUGAUUGAAUUUUCAUCCUCCUCAGUGCAACAAUGUAAUUUGCCAGUAUUUCAUACAGGACAAUGACUUUGCCCCCUGCUGAAGCAGCGAGGAAGAGAAAACAUUUUUCGGAGACACUGUAUUACAUUUCCCUCUCUCAGUCUCUGUCUUUCUGCUCUUUACUCGUGAGGCCUAUUUUUCAUGUGUUUUUAUUAUUCAGUAUUGUGGGAAUUGCUGCGCCACACACUGCCUGGGGGCGGAAGGAUUGUUCAACAUUUUCCGUUUGGUUUUUUUUCUACAUUUCCCUGCUGCUGCUGUUUGCUGCAGCAUUCCCAAAAUGGGGAAGAGAAAAAGAAGCAUCCACAUCUGAACAUGGUAAGAGUGAAGGUUGUGUUUCACUCCCAACAGCCUUAGGGUGUUCUUCUUGACUUUGAUUUGUCAGUGAAUUCUCUUCUUACACUUGAAAUAAUAUUUAAAUAGACCAUUUGUAUGAUUUCAGCUGAUGUAAUUUGUCUUUUUUUACCGUGUAAAUAAAGCUGUUGUCAAUGUCAAA